AUGGCUUGCCACCGGGGAAAUAACAGUGCAUCUAAUUCUACUACAUCCACUGUCACUAGGGUAGAAAAUUCCAGACCUGUAUUUCCUGACAUGUCAAGAGCAAUGCCUGUUAAUCAACCUAGUCAAACCGUGGGAUCUUUAGCAAAUAUUAGGCAACAGAUGGAUGAAAGCCACCAUGAUCUAGUAAACAUGUUAACUCAUCAGAUGGUGACAGUUUUAAAUCCUCUUUUAGAAAAUAUAAACACUAGAAUUGAACAAUUAAAUAGGCAAGUUAAUAGGAUUGCUACUGUGGUAAAUUUAGAAGAAAAUGACAACCAAGGUUUAAGAUUUGAUAAUGUCAAUCAGAACGGUGGAGCAAUUCCUAAUUAUGAUGUUCAUAUGCCUAGACAUGGUCAAAAUGCUGAUGAUAUGCCAUAUUUUGUGUCUGCUUUUCCUGAAUGUGUCCAACAAGCAGAGCUCCCAAGGGGUUGGAAAAUUCCAAAAUCCCUUGCAAAAUUUUCUGGAAAAGAAAAUGAGUCUACAGUAGAGCAUAUUGCUCGAUAUACUAUUGAAAUUGGGAAAGCAUUAGAAAGAAAUUUUCAUGAUCAGUUUUUCCGAGGUGAAUUGAAAGUUAGUCUUACGGAUUUAUUCUCUGUCAAACGUGCAAAAGGAGAAUCCAUUGAUACUUAUUUGGCGCGAUUUAGAAACAUGAGAAAUAAGUGUUUUACUCCGAUUCCGAAAACUGAAGUUGUCAAAAUGGCUACUAAUGGGUUAGAAUUUGGAGUUAGGAAGAAACUUGUCAAUCAACAUACUUUAGAUCUUUCCCAGUUAGCUGAAAGAGUAAGACAAAUAGAACAAAUUAAAAAAAAAGAAAAUUUCAAAAAAGAUUCUAAAAAAGUUGCAUAUGUGGAUUGUUUUUCCGAUAGUAGUGAUUCAGAUGAGAAAGAGGUUUAUAUUGCUGAAUUGCGUGGGGGUCCUCCUUAUGUAUGCAAAUCUUUGAAGCCUGUUAAAGGAAAAGAAAAGGUUUCUUUAUAUUCCAAAACUGAAAAUAAGACUUAUUCUUUUGAUAUUUCUAAGGCAGAUCAAAUAUUUGAAGUUUUAUUAAAAGAUAAGUAG